UUAAAACCUUGGGGGGGAAUAACUACUUACUCUGCUAAACAGUAUACAACAUACUUGGAUGUGCAUCAUCAAUUAUCUACACUAAGUACCAAGCUCAAACCUUAAGCCAAAAUGAGAUUAGCUCUGCACACGGUCAUCUGCUGCUGUGUUUUCACCACUGUCCUGCCACUGGUGAAAUGUGCCACAGGGGAGAUCAACACCAGCCUGACAAAAAGGUCCAAAGUAUGGCUGCACACCCGUAUGAAGAGAGAUCUGUGUAACACCUUAUUGACAGCCGCUGAGAGCCACUCUGAAAUCCAUGUUGGAGCGCAGCAGGACGAGAAUGGAAAACUGGCAUCACUUCCGUCAAGCUUUGGGCUACAUAUCAGACGCAGAAGAACACCCAACAAAGCCGCAGGCUGCGCCUUGGUCACCUGUGCAUUACACGACCUGCUCUACAAUCUGCACCAGAUGAGCAACAACGCGAGAGAGGUCAAUGCCCCUGAGAACAAGAUGGGCUCCGGAGGGUACGGACGCCGCCGACGCUCACUCCUGGAUGUCUCUCGACUCGCCCUCCAGACAGGAAGACAAAGGCGGAGCAUUGAAGCUGGUCAGCGAGUUCACAGACACAAAAGCACACGCACAGUGUCCUAAAGACAGGCAUGGAAAGACAAAGGAGAAUCCUUGUUGGGGUUAUUUGCUCACAGCAGAUCAAGAUAAGUCCCCUCAGAGGUUUUAUUCCACUGAUUUACAACUACAUUCACAGAAAGAAGGGCUGCUACAGUCCAUCAAAGGAAGAAUUGCAUAGUUCAAUCUGGAUGAAAGAGAGAUUUCAAUCAUAUAUUUCUGCAUGCAUCAGUCAGUCUGAACUAGGGAUGGUAGGAUACCCAAAAUCUAGUAGUCGAUACCGAUACCAGGGAAACUCCAUUAUUCUCCAUAUUCGUUACAAGGGAAACAUCUAAAAGAAAACAAUUACUGUGUCCCAAAUACAUGUAGUCUCAAGAACCUUAAGGUACUACCGGACACUACAACCAGUAGUACUGUAAAAAAAAUCGAAUGAUUAUAUAAUGUUGGUGUUGACUUCGUACCAAAGUAUCGGUUCUCGUGAAAUCCCUAGUCAGAACAAGUGUGUAAUUUAUGGAUGAGUUCAAAUCACGCCUGUGGGACUUGACAAGAAUGUCCGUCUCUUCUUCUGCUUCCAAAGCGAGCUUGGCAGCUGAGACAGAAGACAAUUCCUGAAGAUCUUCUUUGAAAUAACCGUGACCUGAGGAGGAACGGAUUUUUCUGAUGUUACCGGACCCAAAACUGCCACAUGGACUACCUGGAUUUGAUUAACAGCUUGUGAAGUGCAAUUUUGACUAUAUGUACUACGAUA